ACUGCCAGUUCGCCAUUCACUGAUCGUGACCGAGUUGGAACGAACGUCAACGUACUGUGUUACUUCUUAAAAUAAAUAUUAUUGUGGCGUUCUCUUAAAAUGGUUAAGUUAUUAAUUGUUGUGCCGUUGCUGAUAGUGGCUUUAUAUGCUUCAGAAGGAGAAGCAGUUCGUUGCUGGACAUGCUCAUCAGACCUCAAUCCGUAUUGUAAUGAUCCGUUCAUCCUAGGCCGUAACGAAAAUUCUGGUCUUUUCCGGCUCGAGUACUGUGACGCCAACACCGGAGCCACUUAUCCUUAUCUUACUACAUCAAAAUCGGCUUGUAAGAAGCAGAAGAAAUAUGUUGGGGACCAAUUAGUAAUAUCUCGUGGCUGCACAUGGAAACGUCAGGACGAUUACUCGAACAAUUGCGCAAGCUCUUCGAAUGGACCAAAUGAAGUUACUCUAUUCUGUGAAACCUGCGAUUACGACGGUUGCAAUGGAGCAUCAGCUAUUACUAUGACGUUGGCUUUAAUAAUGGCACCUCUCGGCCUCCUUCUCUUUAAGUAAAACGCAGUAAAUGUACAGGCAUUGGGGACCAUACCAAUAGUACAAUUUUACAAGCCAUGUGCCCACCGUAAACCAAAUAACAAUUUCGUAAUAACUUUUGUACUUCUGCAAGUAAUUUUUAUGAUUUUAAGCGGGUGCACAAUUAUAGUUCAAAUACAAAUAUUCAUAAAAAUGUGAGAAAUAUAUUCAGAUAACGAAAUAGGCAUGAGGGAAUUUGUUACCUUUCAAGUAUAAAAUUAAGACCGCUAUGGAAAAAUCAGGCGAAAUAUUUUUAGCUCUAAGUAUUCGUUUAAGUGCCUUAUAUUAUAAUAUAUUUUAUUUCGUUUUUAAUUUCACUUAUAUUGAAACAUAGUAUUUAAAUUUCGAAAUUAUAUAUAAAUCUCAUCAAGGAUUAUAUGUCCAGUGUCCUUUAUUUAGAUCUAAUUUUGAAAUAGACCAAUAAUGUUUAUUACUAAUAAUGUGCUAAUUUAAUGAAAUGGGUGCAAAAUUUACUAAAUCAAGUUGUCAAGUUAUUAAACAUUGUGUAAUUUACAAACUUGCUGGUUAAGGAUUUAUUUAUAAGUAUUAUUUUUAAUGUAAAUAUUGCUAGAUCUGUUCUACAUUCUCUGUUUUAAUCUCUUAUGAUUUCUAACCAACUCACAUGGAUUUUUAAUCAAUAUUUUAUCUCAAAUAUUAUUUACUUAAAUUUUCAUUAUAUAAUAUUUAUAUAUUGUUGUUCUAAUAAAAAGUAUUUUUUUCUAUAUGUGUUAAAUC